CGUCGUCACUCACAGCGACGACGACCGACCGCAUCUCUCAUCCAAACACCAUGGCCGGUCGACAGGGCAAGCCGGAUCUCUCUGGUUACAACUAUGGCGCCAUCUCCUCACUCGUCCUUACCGCCGACCGCUCGGCGCUGCCGCGGCGCGACAAGGAGCCCGACGGUGCACCCACUUCGCUGGCGGGCCGCAUCGACGUGAAGGAAAUGGGGUCGAGGGUGCAGCGCGCGGCGCCAAAGGACUUGGACAAGAAGAAGAAAAAGGCGGCCGAGCGCCAGGACGCCACCGAAAAGGAGCUGGCGAAGCGCAAGCAACAGCAGAACGCCGGUUUUGGAUACGCGGACAUCAUCGAGGCGACGCAGGACCUUGAGGGUCUCACGUACAGACCACGCACGGCGGAGACGCGCGAGACGUACGAGCUCAUUUUGGCCUCCGUGCACCGCGCGCUCGGCGACCAGUCGCAGGACGUGGUCAGGAGUGCGGCUGACGCGGUCCUGGAGACGCUCAAAAGCGAAAAUCUGAAGGACUUCGACAAGCACAAGGAGAUACAGGAAGUUUUGGGGCCACUGCCGAGGGCGCGAUUUGACGAGCUGCUCAACCUCUCGAAGAAGAUCACCGAUUAUGGUGCGGAGGACGAGACGAUGGCGGACCCGGAUACGGAGAGGAAGGACGCUGAGAUUGACGAGGAGAUGGGUGUGGCGGUAGUGUUUGACGAGGAGGAGCAGGAAGAGGAGGAAGAGGAGGGCUUCGAGAUACGGGACGAGUCAGACGAUGACGAGGAGGAGGAGGCCAACGAUGAGGAUGCGCCCGCGGAGUCCCUUGAAGCGGGCGAAGAAGAGCUCGUCGUCGGUGGGCAGCCGCCGACCAAGGCCUCCGCCGACAAGGACAUCGUUUCCCCCCACUCCAUAGACGCCUUCUGGGUGCAGCGUCAAAUCUCCGAAGUCUACCCCGAUCCCGCUACUGCCGCAGAAAAAGCGACCUCCGUGCUCUCCAUUCUUGGCUCCGAAUCGUCCCUCCGCGACUGCGAAAACCAGCUCAUGGAGCUUUUCGAUUACCAGUCGUUCCACAUCAUCACAAAGUUCCUCAAAAACCGCGACGUCAUCGUCUGGUGUACGAAGCUCAUGCGGUCCGACGCCGACGAGCGCGUCAAUCUGGAGGUCGCGAUGCGCGAGAAGGGCGUGGGCUGGAUCUUGAGAGAACUUGCGGGCGACAGGCAGACGAAGAGGAAGGCCGACGACGCGAUGGACGUGGACGAUGCGAGGAGGAAGGACGUGCCGAAGACAGCGACGCUCGCGGCAGGGUCGAUUGUGCAGCCGAAGCGCAUGGUCGACCUCGAGAGCAUGGCGUUCGCUCAGGGUGGCCACCUUAUGUCGAACAAGAAGUGCAAGCUGCCGGAAGGCUCGUUCAAGCGCGCGAAGAAGGGUUACGAGGAGAUUCACGUCCCGGCCCCGAAGAAGAAGGUGACGGACGCCAAGGACAUCGUGCAGGUCGCGGACAUGCCAGAGUGGACGCGUCCUGCCUUCCCGGCCCCGGCAUACAAGACGCUCAACCCUGUUCAGAGCAAGGUGUACCCCAUCGCUUUCGGCACCGAUGAGCCCAUCCUGCUAUGUGCUCCUACUGGCGCUGGCAAGACUAAUGUCGCAGUGCUUACGAUCCUCAACGAGAUGGCGAAGUACCGCGAUGAGGCCACUGGUCAGUUCGACCUCGACGCCUUCAAGAUCGUCUACGUCGCGCCUAUGAAGGCCCUCGUGCAGGAGCAAGUCGGCCAGUUCCAAAAGCGUCUCGGCGAUUUCGGCAUCAAGGUUGGCGAACUCACGGGUGACUCGCAGAUGACGAAACAACAGAUCGCGGAAACGCAGAUCAUCGUCACGACUCCGGAGAAAUGGGACGUGAUCACGCGAAAGAGCACGGACACGAGCUACACGAACCUCGUUCGGCUUAUCAUCAUCGACGAGAUCCAUCUUCUGCACGAUGAACGUGGACCGGUGCUUGAGAGCAUCGUCGCGAGGACCGUGAGGCGGAUGGAGCAGACGGGCGAGUAUGUUCGGCUUGUUGGUCUGUCAGCGACUCUGCCAAACUACCAGGACGUCGCGACGUUCCUUCGCGUGGACGAAAAGAAGGGCUUGUUCUACUUCGACGCAUCGUCGCGUCCUUGUCCGCUGCAGCAGCAGUUCGUUGGUGUAACGGAGAAGAAGGCGAUCAAGCGGUAUCAGGUCAUGAACGAAGUCUGCUACGAGAAGGUUCUGGAUCACGCAGGCAAGAACCAAGUUAUCGUCUUCGUCCACUCCCGGAAGGAAACGGCGAAGACCGCCAAGUUCAUCCGGGACAUGGCGAUCGAAAAGGAGACUAUCACGCAGUUCGUCAAGCCCGACUCGGCGACUCGGGAGAUCCUGAAUGAUGAAGCCAACAACGCGAUGGACGCGAACCUCAAGGAUCUUCUACCGUUCGGAUUCGCGAUACAUCAUGCCGGAAUGACGCGCCAGGACCGUACCGCCGUAGAAGACCUCUUUGGCGACAAUCACAUCCAGGUGCUUGUCUGUACCGCGACGCUCGCGUGGGGCGUCAACCUCCCUGCCCACGCCGUCAUCAUCAAGGGAACGCAGAUCUACAACCCCGAGAAAGGUCGAUGGGUCGAGCUUUCGCACCAGGACGUGCUGCAGAUGCUUGGUCGUGCCGGUCGUCCGCAGUACGACACCUUCGGCGAGGGCGUGAUCAUCACAAAUCACAGCGAGCUUCAGUACUACCUGAGCUUGAUGAAUCAGCAGCUGCCCAUUGAAUCGCAAUUCGUGUCGAAACUGGCCGACAACCUCAACGCCGAAAUCGUACUGGGUACUAUCCGAAACCGUGACGAGGCCGUUCAGUGGCUCGGCUACACUUAUCUGUAUGUUCGCAUGCUCAAGUCCCCCGCGCUCUACAGCGUUGGCGUUGACUAUCAAGAAGAUGACGGGGGUCUCGUGCAAAAACGUGCCGAUAUCAUCCACACCGCUGCCGCGCUUCUCGAGAAAUGCAGUUUGAUCAAGUACGAGCGCGCAUCGGGCAGAUUUCAAAGCACUGAACUUGGCAAGAUCGCGUCGCACUACUACGUCACAUACAACUCGAUGGCGACGUAUAACAAGCACAUGAAGCCUACUAUGUCCACAAUUGAGCUCUUCCGAGUCUUCGCGCUCUCCAACGAAUUCAAGUACAUCCCCGUUCGUCAAGAGGAGAAGUUGGAGCUGGGCAAGUUGCUUGAGCGUGUACCCAUUCCUGUUAAAGAGAGCGUGGAGGAACCGGCAGCUAAGAUCAACGUUCUCCUCCAAGCGUACAUCUCGCAACUCAAGUUGGAAGGCUUCGCUCUUGUCGCCGACAUGGUCUUCAUCCAGCAGUCGGCCGGCCGUAUCCUGCACGCCAUGUUCGAGAUCUGUCUCAAGCGUGGCUGGGCAGUUCCCGCGAAAGCUGCCUUGGACUUGACCAAAAUGGUGGAACGUCGCCUGUGGGGUUCGAUGACUCCUCUGCGGCAGUUCAAGGGCGUUCCUGCACAGAUCAUCCGCAAGGCCGAGGCGAAGCAGUUCCCGUGGUACCGUUACUUUGACCUUAGCCCUCCGGAACUUGGCGAACUCAUCGGACAGCCGAACGCGGGCAAUCUCGUUCACCGGCUCGUCCACAGCUUCCCCAAGCUUCAGCUCUCUGCGCAGGUGCAGCCGAUCACGCGUUCUCUGCUGAGCAUGGAGCUAUCGAUUACCCCCGAUUUCCGAUGGGAUGACCAAAUUCACGGUGCUGCCGAGUCGUUCUGGAUCAUUGUCGAGGACGUCGAUGGAGAAGUUAUCCUUUUCCACGAUCAAUGGGUUCUCCGUCGUCGCUACGCCGAGGACGAGCACAUCGUCAACUUGACUGUGCCCAUGUUCGAACCGGUACCGCCUAAUUAUUACAUCUCCGUCAUCUCGGAACGCUGGUUACACUCUGAGACCAGGUUCCCGAUCUCGUUCAAACACCUCAUCCUCCCCGAGAAGUUCCCUCCUCCGACCCCUCUUCUCGACCUUCAGCCACUCCCGCUCUCUGCGCUCCACAACCGGGAGUUUGAGAGUAUAUAUUCGUCCACUAUCCAAACCUUCAACAAGAUCCAGACGCAGGUCUUCCAAGCUCUUUACACGACGGACGAGAACGUCUUCAUCGGCGCGCCAACCGGUAGCGGCAAGACCAUCUGCGCGGAGUUCGCUCUUCUUCGCUUAUGGAGCAAGAAGGACCACUCUCGAGCCGUUUGCAUCGUGCCAUACCAUGAUAUGAUUGAACACCGCGUUGCGGAGUGGCGUCAGAAGUUCGGAGGUGUUCAGGGUGGAAAGGAAAUCGUCGCUCUUACGGGCGAGACGAGCGCUGAUCUGCGUCACCUUGAGAAGGGUGACGUCAUCGUCUGCACUCCUACGCAGUGGGAUGUCAUCUCUAGACGAUGGCGGCAGCGAAAGAACGUCCAGACAGUGGGGUUGGUCAUCGCAGACGAGAUACAGACUCUCGGUGGAUUCAACGGCCAGACGUACGAAGUGAUUAUCUCGCGCACGCGUUACGUAUCGGCCCAGACGGAGAUCAAGACUCGCAUCGUCGCUUGCGCCGUGUCCAUGGCAAAUGCGCGUGACCUGGGUGAAUGGAUAGGAGCGCCAUCGCAUGCCAUCUUCAAUUUCCCUCCGAGUGCCCGCCCUCUCGACAUGGACAUCCACCUACAGAGCUUCUCCAUCCCCCACUUCCCCUCCUUGAUGAUCGCCAUGUCUAAGCCCGCUUACCUCGCGAUCGCGGAGUAUGCACCCACGAAGCCAGUCAUUAUAUUUGUGCCAUCUCGUCGCCAGUGCCGCUUGACGGCUGAUGACCUUCUGACUCACUGCGGUGCUGACGAUGACCCAAAUCGUUUCCUCAACAUCGAACUUGCUGAUCUCCAACCGCAUUUGGAUCACGUUACCGACCAGGGAUUGGUGGAGACCCUAAAGCACGGGAUUGGCUACUACCACGAGGCUCUCACCAGGCAAGACAAGCGUAUUGUAGAGCGUCUGUUCCAGUCCGGUGCUAUCCAGGUUCUCAUUGCGUCGAAGGAUUCAGCAUGGAGCCUCCCCGUUUCGAGCUACAUGGUCAUCAUCAUGGGCGUCCAAUACUACGAGGGAAAAGAGCACCGCUACGUUGAUUACCAGGUGAUGGACGUAUUGCAAAUGAUGGGACGCGCCUGCCGGCCUCUGGAGGAUGAGCGAAGUCGGUGCGUCUUGAUGUGUCAGCAGACACGGAAGGACUACUUCAAGAAGUUCCUUGCGGAGGGCUUGCCCAUUGAAUCUCAUCUUUCGAGCAACUUGCAUGAUUACUUCCUCGCCGAGAUUGCGGUGAAGACGAUUGAGAACAAGCAAGAUGCAAUGGAUAUCCUCACGUGGACAUACUUCUACCGACGGCUGACCCAGAAUCCCAACUAUUACAAUCUCCACAAUGUUUCCCAUCAACACCUAUCCGACCACCUCUCAGAGCUCGUGGAGAACACGCUCAACGAUCUGGUGAACUCGAAGUGCAUCGCCAUUGAGGAUGAGAUGGACGUGUCAGCACUCAACCUUGGUAUGAUUGCGGCAUACUACAACAUUUCAUAUGUUACCGUCGAGGUGUACACGUUAUCCCUGAAGGAACGGACGAAACUCAAGGGUCUCUUGGAGGUCGUUUCGUCAUCCGCGGAGUUCGAGUCCGUACCCAUCCGUCGCCACGAAGACGUUCUUCUGCGGCGAAUCUACGACCGUGUACCCGUCAAGUUGGACAAGCCUGAUUACGAUGCACCGCACUUCAAAACCUUCCUCUUGUUGCAGGCACAUUUCUCGCGUAUCCAGCUUCCUCCAGACUUGGCCGCCGAUCAAGCACUUGUCCUCGAGAAGGUCCUCACGCUAUUAUCCGCCUGCGUCGACGUCCUCUCGUCCAACGGGUGGUUAAACGCCCUCAGUGCUAUGGACUUGUCGCAGAUGUGCGUGCAAGCAAUGUGGGAGACAGAGUCGCCGCUCAAGCAGAUUCCUCACUUCGAACCGGAUGUGAUCCAACGUUGCAAGGACGCGGGCGCAGAGUCGGUAUACGAUAUCAUGGAAAUGGAAGCAGACCAGCGAAAUCAGAUCCUCCAGAUGGACAACGCGCGGAUGAAGGAUGUCGCAGCCUUCGUCAACUCUUAUCCCACGCUCGAGGUCGACUACGAACUCGUCAAAGGCGAAUACACGGCUGGCUCUCCGAUCACGCUCAAGGUCGCUCUUUCACGCGAUGCCGACGAAGACGACGACAGCGGCGACGACCAAACGGUCGUUGCGCCAUUUUACCCCGGAAAGAAGAUGGCCAACUGGUGGUUGGUCGUCGGCGAACCGAGCACGAGGCAGCUUUUGUCAAUCAAACGUGUCACUGUGAACAAGAACCUGGCCGUGAAGCUCGAAUUCACUCUGCCGCAGGGCAAGCACUCGCUCAAGCUCUUCGUCAUCUGCGAUUCGUACAUUGGCGCGGAUCACGAUAUACCGAUGGAUCCCAUUGACGUUGCGGAAGGAGAAGAUAGUGAUAGCGACGAUGACGACUCCGAUAGCGAUGACGACGAUAAGAUGAAGGAAUGAACGGUUUUCUCCACUGUUGUGCGCCUCAUGUAGAACAUUGUAUCCUUAGUAGGUUCUGAUAUAAUAGUACAUUGCUGGAAACUCGAGGCAGCUUUGAUGAUGGUACAGAGAUCUGGAUUGCAUUGUUAUUUCGAGAUUGCGUUCAUGACGAAGGAGCCUGGGUCAGGCCGGGCUUAAUCGUUGCGAAGUUAUUGGCUGCGAGCGUGCCAUCUUUCACGGCGUUGGUGCAGUUCUUUAGCUCGGUGAACAGCGUAAUUUUGUCUGACAACUGAUGACUGACCACCCUUCCUGAGGUGCUCGGAACCAUGAAGAAGAGGGUUCGGCGGACAUCCCCUUCUGGACCUGCUGGGUGCACGAGCUGGUAUCGUUGGAUUCCAUAUGGGUUGUCCUGAACCGUUUUCUUCUUCCGUUUUGAUGGCGACACGCUCGGCGCAGGAGGUUCCGGUACCGGCGGCGCACCAUCGGGUACCGCCGGUUCGACGAUCAUGCGCGACAAUAUUUUCUCCACGAUUUGCCAGAUGCCCUUUCCGACAAAGCAUACGAAGCGUGGCCGAAGGCGCUGCACCUUGGAGAGAAACUCCGGCACCGAGUCUACCAUCUCGGCAACCGAGAGUUCCGCGGCCUCGGCCGAUGGACGAACGACCAGGUUAGUCAGCCCGAGAUUAUAACGAUCCGGCAGGGUCAUGUCUUCCUCCGGCGGCAGCAGUUGGUCUGUAAAUCCUGAGCGAUGAAGACACCUCCAGAAAUGAUUCGUUGGGUUAGCGAAGUGAUGUCCUGUCUCAGCCGACAUGCAUCCUGGGUUGAUGCCGCAGAACAUCACAUCAAGAUCUACCUUGAGGUAGUCGUUAAGUGGUCUCAGGUGAGCGUACGCUUCGGGAGCCGCAUACGCUCGUUUAAGCUUCUUCGACGGCGAAGCCUUGUCGUCUA